AUGACAGCCGCAGCAAUGUCGGUUACCGAACAACGCUCGAAGCACGUCUACUUUACGCAUCCCUAUUUCGAGGCAGGCAAGACUCUUCUCGUCUCCAACGUGAAAAGCUCGAGACUGCUGGCGUUCUUGGAUCCGUUCGAUCCUUACACGAUAGCCGUUCUCGUCCUCAGCUUAUUCACCACCGCUGUAACGUGGAUCGUAAUUAAAAGGAUCUCGCUGUCCAAAGACGAAAUAGAACUGCUCGGUCACGAGGGCGGCGACAAUUCGUUACCGAGUAGGUGGGGUAACGCGCUCUGGUAUUUCUACGCGACGGCCAUGCAGUUAACCCCGGAUGUCGGUCCCUCUGCGAUAUCGGGAAGACUCAUCAUGGCCGCGUGGUAUUUCUUCACUUUGGUAAUCGUGGCGACGUACACCGCCAAUCUAGCAGCGUAUCUCACAAUCAAGAGUGCUGCAAAAAAUCACGUGACGUCCGUCGACGACCUCGUCGGACAGACAAAGAUCAAAUACGGGACAGUAGCGGAUUCAUCGGUCGUCGACUUUUUCAAAUAUUCGCAAGUCGAGAAGUAUAAUCGCAUAUACAGAGGUUUGUCGAAUGUCGACAACCUUACGCACGGACUAGAUGAAGUCAAAGAUGAAAGCGAUCCGUAUGUGUUCAUCUGGGACACGGAAAUUCUCGAGUUCGCGUCGAGCACCGACGGGUGCAACACCAAAGUCGUCGGAAGGCCGUUCAACAACCAGCACUACGCUCUGGCGUUUCCCAAAGACACGCCGUACGGGACGAACAUUUCGCUGGCGAUAUUGCGAUUGAGAGAGAGGGGAAUGAUCGAGGAGUGGAUCGACAAGUGGAUCUCGAAGAGCUCGAAGUGUGGCAGUGGGUCCGAGAGCGACGAGGAGAGAACGGUCAGUAUCAACGACAUGCAGGGUGUGUUCACGAUUCUGUGUAUUACGUUUGGAGCGGCGAUUGUCGUCGCUUUCGUCGAGCGUCGGGUGCAUGGCACGCCGCUAGAGCAGACGACGGAUAGCUAA